AUGUCUAAUAAAGGUUUUGAUUUAUCUCAUUAUGCUGGAAAAAUAUGUUUAGCUCCAAUGGUACGAGCAGGAAGGACACCUUUACGUUUAUUAUCACUUGAUUAUGGCGCUGAUUUAGUUUAUACAGAGGAGAUUGUUGAUAAAAGAUUAAUAACAGCAAAAAGAAUUGAAAAUAAAUUAUUAAAUACAAUUGAUUAUGUAAAUGAUGCAGAAUUGGUAUUAAGAAUUGCUCCAGAAGAGAAAGGAAAAUUGGUGCUUCAGAUAGGUACAGAUUCACCUGAACGUUCCUGUGAAGUUAUUAAUAAAGUUGUUGAUGAUAUUUCUUCUAUUGAUAUUAAUAUGGGAUGUCCUAAACCAUUCUCAAUUUUAGGUGGAAUGGGUGCAGCAUUAUUAUCUAAACCAGAAUUAGCAAAAGAAAUUUUAGAAAGCCUUGUAAGUAUAAGUAAAGUACCUGUAUCAGCAAAAAUACGUGUUUUAAAUAAAAGAGAGGAUACUCUUGAAUUUGCCAAAAUGGUUCAAAGAACAGGUGUCUCGGCAAUUGGUGUACAUGGAAGAAGGAGAGAUGAAAGACCUAAUGAUAAAAAUAGAAUUGAUGAAAUAAAAGAAGUUGUUGAUUAUCUUGAUAUUCCAGUUUUAGCUAAUGGAGAAUCUGGAGUUAUUAAAGAGUAUAAAGAUAUUGAGAGAUUUAAAGAAAAAACUGGUGCUUCAGGAGUUCUUCUAGGAAGGAUAGCAUUAUCAAAUCCUUCAAUUUUUAGAAAAGAAGGAUUACAUAAUAUGGAAACAGAAAUUAUUAAUGUUUUAGAAAAAUCUUGUAUGUAUGAUGAACCAUUUACGCAAUGUAAAUAUGUACUUUCACGUAUUUUGGGAUCUCAAUUAGAAUUUGAUCCAAGAGCUUGGGGUGUUGAAGAUAGAUAUUAUUACUGGAAAAAAAUUCACCAAGAACGUGAUACACCAAAUAGAAAACGAAAACUUGAAGAAGAAAAAGAUAGUGAUAUAACUUUUCAUGAUAUUACUUUUCCUAUGAAACGUUUAAGAAUGUGUAAAAGUGCAUUAACACCAAAAUGUUUUAUAAGAAAUUAUUGUUUUAAGGAAGGUUGGCCACAACCUACUUUUACUACAUGGAAACGUGAAUCAGAUGGAAGAUGGGAAGCUUUAAUUGAAGUUAAUAAUCAAAAGCAUCAAUCUCGGAUAGCACAAAUGAAUAGAAGGAUGGCUGAACAGGUUUCAGCAUUGUGUGCUAUAAUAUCUUUGGGGAUUCGUGACGAAUUAGAAGGUGAAUGGGAAGAAUAA